UCCUCGUCCCUGUUUCCCUCCGGAGUAGAAUCGGAGUCCCCGACCGGAUGUUGAUGCUUCAGUCGCGGACCGCUCUCGGUUCUUGUCGGGUUUUCGGUUUACUUCGGCCGGGAUCAAAGCCACCGGAGCCCCGUUGAUGCUCCGCGGGGAGAGCGCGAGCUUCAGUCGGUGCUCUCCAGCCUGCAGCCCGGCCCGGAGGCCGCUCCGCCCGCAGGAUGACCCCCGCCGCCGCCGUGCAGACCCGGCUGGCCGCCGUCAUGGAGUCUCUGGUCCACGCCGCCGUGGCGGAGCUGAAGAAGCUGCUGGACGACAGCCGAGCUCCGGGAGAGGAGAGCCGGGAGGAGGUGGUGCAGUUUGCUUUGGUCAUGGAGACUCUGGGGAACGAGGCUCUGGGCAAGAUCCUGAAUAUCGUCCAGGAGGCGGAGCCUCUUAAGGCUCUGAAGAACGGCAGGAAGCCACAGAUCAGCGUGGUCAACAUCCUCAACAGCACAAAAUUUAUUGAGCUUGAAGACUCUAACAGAGUCUGGACUCAGACCGACGAUUUGGGGCAAUCGUCCCAGGCGGAGGUAGAGGUGGAGGUGGAUGUGGACGGGGAUGAGGUGGAAGAGGAGCUGGAGGAGGAGUUGGAAGAGGGAGAGGAGGAAGAGGAGGAGGAGGAGGAGGAUGUGGACCCACCGUUUGUGCUGGCGGUCACCGUCAAAGACGAACAUAAGACCAACGACCUGGGAGCCAUCGCAGAAAGAGCUGCAUCUUCACCUCGGCCUGACCAGCAGCCGCCAGCGCACGAGUCCAGCAACCUGCCGGACUCGAACGACAACGGAGAAAAGCCGUUCGCCUGCAGCGUCUGCGGCCGCACCUUCCGCCAGAGACACAGCAUGCAGAGCCACAUGUGCACGCACAGCGGCGAGCGGCCCUUCCAGUGCUCCGACUGCGGCAAAAGCUUCUACAAGCAGUGGCGACUCAAGAUGCACGCCUCCACGCACGCCGGCGAAAAGCCACACAGCUGCGACGUGUGCGGCCGGCGCUUCAACCUGCUGCAGAACCUGCGCCGCCACGCCCUCAUGCACACCGGCGAAAAGCGCUUCACCUGCAGCGAGUGCGGGAAAGGCUUCACGCGGGCCGCCACGCUCAGAACGCACCAGUUCAUCCACACCGGCCAGAAGCCCGUGAAGCGUGAGCAGACUCCCAAGACGUUCACCUGCGACCUCUGCGGGAAGAGCUUCCGGAAGGCGGUAAACCUGAAGGUCCACCAGCGCGUCCACACCGGCGAGCGGCCAUACAGCUGCCACGAGUGCGGGAAGAGCUUCCGGCAGGCGCUGAACCUAAAGAUCCAUCAGCGCGUCCACACCGGCGAGCGGCCCUACAGCUGCCGCGAGUGCGGGAAGAGCUUCACCCAGCAGAGCAGCCUGAACGCACACGGCCGCACGCACUCCACGGAGCGGCCCUUCUGCUGCCGCAUGUGCAACAAGACCUUCAACAACGCCUACACCCUGAAGCUGCACGUGCGCGUGCACACCGGAGAAAAGCCGUACGCCUGCGACCUCUGCGACAAGAGCUUUAUCCGGGGCACCCAGCUGCGCACGCACCAGAGGGAUGUGCACGCAGGCGGGAAGCAGUACAUCUGCGACCGCUGCGGAAAAGCAUACACCUACCAGUGCAACCUGAAGCUGCAUAAGUGCGGCUUCCCCUGCUCCGCGGGGAGAGCGCGAGCUUCAGUCGGUGCUCUCCAGCCUGCAGCCCGGCCCGGAGGCCGCUCCGCCCGCAGGAUGACCCCCGCCGCCGCCGUGCAGACCCGGCUGGCCGCCGUCAUGGAGUCUCUGGUCCACGCCGCCGUGGCGGAGCUGAAGAAGCUGCUGGACGACAGCCGAGCUCCGGGAGAGGAGAGCCGGGAGGAGGUGGUGCAGUUUGCUUUGGUCAUGGAGACUCUGGGGAACGAGGCUCUGGGGAAGAUCCUGAAUAUCGUCCAGGAGGCGGAGCCUCUUCAGGCUCUGAAGAGCGGCAGGAAGCCACAGAUCAGCGUGCUCAACAUCCUCAACAACACGCAUGUGGAGCUUGAACACUCGUACGGAGUUCGCCAUCAGACCGACAAUGCGGGAAAAGCUUCCCAGGCGGACGUGGAGGAGGGAGCAAUGGAGGCGCCGUUUGUCCCGGCGGUCACCGUCAAAGACAAACGUGGGACCAUCGACCUGGCAGCCAUCGCAGAAAGAGCUGCAUCUUCACCUCAGCCGCCAGCGCACGAGUCCAGCAACCCGCAGGACUCGAACGUGCACGAGGCCUGGAGCACGCUCAGCUGCUCUGUCUGCGGUAAAAGCUUUGCCACUCAGAGCAACCUGAAGUCCCACUUCCUGAUCCACACCGGAGAAAAGCCGUUCGCCUGCAGCGUCUGCGGCCGCGCCUUCCGCCAGAGACACAGCAUGCAGAGCCACAUGUGCACGCACAGCGGCGAGCGGCCCUUCCAGUGCUCCGACUGCGGCAAAAGCUUCUACAAGAAGUGGCGACUCAAGAUGCACGCCAUCUCUCACACCGGCGAGAAGCCACACAGCUGCGACGUGUGCGGCCGCCGCUUCAACCUGCUGCAGAACCUGCACCGCCACGCCCUCAUGCACACCGGCGAGAAGCUCUUCAUCUGCAGCGAGUGCGGGAAAGGCUUCACACGGGCGGUCACGCUCAGAACGCACCAGUUCAUCCACACCGGCCAGAAGCCCCUGAAGUGCGAGCAGUGCCCCAAGACUUUCCGGCACGCCGUCAACCUGCGGAACCACCUGAGGAUCCACAGCGGCGAGCGGCCCUUUGCCUGCGAACUUUGUGGGAAGAGCUUCCGGCAGGCGGGGCAGCUGAAGAUCCACCGCCGCGUCCACACCGGCGAGCGGCCCUUCAGCUGCCGCGAGUGCGGGAAGAGCUUCACCCAGCAGAGCAGCUUGAUCUCGCACGGCCGCACGCACUCCACGGAGCGGCCGUUCGCCUGCAGCUCCUGCAACAAGACCUUCAACAACGCCAACAGCCUGAAGCUGCACGUGCGCGUGCACACCGGCGAGAAGCCGUACGCCUGCGACCUCUGCGACAAGAGCUUCAGCCAGGGCAGCCACCUGCGCACGCACCAGAGGCACGUGCACUCGGGCGGGAAGCAGUACAUCUGCGACCGCUGCGGAAAAAGAUACGCCGACCAGCGCAACCUGAAGCUGCAUAAGUGCGGCUUCUCCUGAACGCACCACCGACCAAUCCAUUGCCUUGGAGACAGCUCCGCCCACAUCAGUGACCUCAGCAGGGAUGGAAAUGUUCCUAGUUGGAAGCCUGUCUGUGCAGCCGCUGCAUUAAAGUCACAUGACCUAUGAUGUCACAGCCUGCCAGAAACAGAAAGUUUUGCUCAACUUUGAUGAUGAAAAGACAAAAAUCCUACUGAUGUCAGUGAAGGCAUCAUCAAUCUGCAGGAAUGAAAGGAUUUAAAUCGUUUCAUAAACUUCAUUAAAAUAAGGACUGUGUGUUUUUUUAAGUGUUAUGAUUAAGUUUAAACGUUUAAGAAUCUUGAUCCAAAGCAAGAAUGAAUGUUAGAACCAGAGAAUUAAUACAAAAUCUGAUUUUA